AUGGGCGUUACCAAGACUGUCAUUACCCCCGGAGACGGAAUCAACUUCCCCAAGACGGGUGACACCGUCACCAUGCACUACACCGGAACUCUUACCGAUGGAACCAAGUUCGAUUCCUCCGUCGACCGUAAGAAGCCCUUCGUUACCAAAAUCGGAGUUGGUCAAGUCAUCCAGGGUUGGGAUGAAGGUGUCCCACAGAUGUCUCUUGGUGAGAAGGCUGUCUUGCAGAUCACCCCCGACUUUGGCUAUGGCGCUAACGGAUACCCACCAGUCAUCCCCCGGAACGCCGACUUGACCUUUGAGGUCCAGCUCCUCCAGAUCAACUAA